UGAUCAAAUGAGUUCAAAAAGUGAAAAUAUUUUGAACCGAAUGGAGUAAAAAGAAAAAGUGCCCUUCAUUUUUCUCAUUAUAAAAUUGCAUGAUGAUUCCCCAUUGAGAACUUCAACCUUCCUUUUUUUUUAACCUCCUUUUUAUCUCUUCCCUAUUCCUCCACUAAACUAAAAUCAUUUUCAUAUAAAUACACAUCUACCAUCUUUGCACUUAUCAAGCUAAGCAAAAAAAAAAAAACAGUUCUAAAAUUUCCUUUAAACAGAGCAAAUUUAAAGAAAGAAAUGAGAACAGUGAGUACCUUUACUGCUUCUCCAUCAAUUUCACCGCCGGCGAUCAUUCAAAGAUCGCCAUGGCAUUCUCCGGCGCCAUAUCUAUUCGCCGGAGUAGCAGCCAUGCUAGUUUUAAUAACUUUUGCUCUUGUAAUUUUGGCUUGUUCUUACUGGAAACGCUCUGGUUAUCCAAGAGAAAAUAGUGAUACUGAAUCCGGGGCAGGAGAGAAGUUGAAGGUUGUGCCGAUAUUUGAAGAGAAAAUUGUAGUUAUAAUGGCUGGUGAUUUGAAUCCAACUUUUAUAGCUACACCUAUUUCAAGUAGAGGUAAUUCUUUUGGUGCUGAUAAAUGUGAGAAGAAAAUGGAAAAGGAAAGUGAAAAAUUAACUGAUGAGAAGGUGAAAGAAGAAGUAAUUACAAUGGAAGUUAGGGAUCAAGUUAAUGAAGAAUCUCAAGACAGCCAUUGAUAAAGCAGCUGAGCUUAAAAAAAAAAAAAUGGCCUUUUCAUCCUCCUCCUUUUUUUUUUUUUUUUUCCUUCUUUAAGAAUUCUCUAUUUUGAUUUAUAUUUCAAUUUUGAGAUCCGGGAAAUUGUAAUUUUUGGUUGAGAUAAGUAAGAGUUAGAAAAUUUUCUUAUUUUCUAGUAAUAUAUGCGUUUUUGGUA